ACGAGACACGACACGAAACGACCAUCUAUCCAGUUAGUGGCUAGUGCGAAAAGAAGAUGGCGACUAAGCUCGCAGCGCUCGUCGUCUUGGUCGCGUUCCUCGCUGGGCCCGCGGCGUGCGAGGGCACCUACAUUUGCUUCAACGGUUGGCUGAGGCUUCCUAGCAUCCUGGACAAGCUGCUCUGUCCUCGCGGCUCCGGCACUCGGCGGGAGCCGGUCCCUUCUCCCUCGGGGUCAGGGCUCAGCUACGGCUAUUACAGCACCAGCUGCCCUAGUGCGGAGAAGAUCGUUAAGGAAGCCGUGAAGAAGGCCGUGGAUGAGAACCCCGGCAUUGGCGCGGGGCUCGUCCGUCUCUUCUUCCAUGAUUGCUUCGUUCGGGGGUGCGAUGCUUCCGUCCUCCUCAACACGACCAACUCCAAUAACGAGACGGAGAGGGAAGGCCUUCCCAACAUGAACAGCCUACGAGGGUUCGAGGUGAUCGACGAGGCCAAGACGGCGAUCGAGGCCGCCUGCAACAAUACAGUCUCAUGCGCGGACAUCGUCGCCUUCGCCGCCCGCGACGCAUCCUACUUCCUCAGCAACGGCAGCAUCAAUAUCCCGAUGCCAGGCGGCCGCUACGACGGGCGCGAGUCCUUCGCCAGCGAGACCGACCAGCUGCCCGGGCCCUUCUCCAACGUCGCGGAGCUUAACGCGAGCUUCGCAGCCAAGGGGUUCACCCUCGACGAGAUGGUCACGCUCUCCGGCGCGCACACCAUCGGCCGCGCCCGCUGCAUGUUCUUCUCCAGCCGCUUCUCUGAGAUGAACCAGACAUAUGCCGCCAACCUCAGGGCCGAGUGCAGCAACAACGGCGACACCAACGUGAACCAAGACAAUGUGACCUCCAACGUCCUGGAUAAGCAGUACUACCAGAACGUGAUCGACAACAAAGUGUUGUUCACCUCGGACGCCGUGCUCAACUCGACAGAAACGAGAACGCAGGUGAUAGACAACGCGGACAAGCCCGGAGAGUGGGAGAGGAAGUUCGAGAAAGCCAUGGAGAAAAUGGGGAAAAUCAAAGGCGACCAGCAAGGCCUGGAGAUCAGGAAGGUAUGCUGGAGAGUCAACAACGUUGGCCAGUAUUAAUGCGUGGUGGCUGGCUGGCUCUAUGGCGGGAUCGCCUGAUGGACGAGAUGUAACUUCGUCUAGCUACUGUCAUUGUUGGUUUUUUUGUACUAAAACUCGGUGUGUGUGUGUGUGUGUGUGUGUGUGUGUGUGUGUGUGUGUGUGUGUGUGUGUGUGUGUUAAUAAAGAUGUAAGUAUCAAGUAAAUGUGUAUGUUCAGUACUUCAGUUCA